AUGAAUCAGCUACUAUGUAGAGGUAUUAAACACUGUCCAGGGAGGUGGGGAGGAGACACUGACAGCAGGUCAGAGCUCACACCAGCAGCACCCACAGCAUUCACUCACCCAACAUCAGUGAUGGAGAAAUCUGUGUUACUCAUGUUGCUUUUCUUAUCAGGGCUCAGCAUCCUCCCCUCGUGUCUCUCUUUCCAUUAUGAAUAUGUGAAUGAGAAUAAGAACUGGUAUGAAGCACAGAGGAUCUGCAGAGAGAACUACACUGACCUGGCCACCUUUUAUGACAAUGCAUCCAUACCUGAUCAAACUAAUGAUGCAUGGAUUGGGUUGUAUAGUGGCCUUUGGACGUGGUCUCUGAAUGGUGAAGUACUUCCUUGUAAUGAAACGUCAUGCGGUUCUGACUACGCACCCUGGUCUGGUACAGAACUUCAGACAGAGUAUGUAGAAGAUGAGCUGUGUGUGUACAUGGAGAAACUCGAUCCUGGAGAUAAACCCUGGAAGACCAGCGGUUGUUCAAACAAUAAAUCUUUUGUAUGCUAUGAUGACAGAAACAAUACCAGUCAGUACAUCUGGAUAUGUGAGACAAAAACAUGGAAUGAAUCUCAGAGUUACUGUCGGGCAAAUCACACAGACCUGGCCAGUGUGAGAAAUGCCACCGAGAACAAUUUGAUACAGAAUCUGUGCUCGUCAAGAUGUAAUGAUAAUGUGUGGAUUGGUCUGAGGAAAUCUAAGAACUGGAAAUGGUCUGACCAGAGUGUGUCUUCGUUCAAAAAGUGGCACACAGGAGAGCCUAGUGGAUUGAGCCAGACUAAUGUGCAGAAGAAAAAAAAUCUGACGUGUGUGGAAAGGUAUUUCCACAAGGAUGAUACAAAAAAACAUGCAUUUUGGAAUGACGUAGAGUGUAGAGAAACCUACAAAAAGCAUUUUAUCUGCUAUGACGACGACCUGGUCCUGGUGCGUGAGAACAAGACCUGGGUGGAAGCCCUGAACCACUGCAGAGAGUAUAGGUGGGAUCUGGUGUCCAUCCACUCUGAGAGGAUCCAGCACUGGGUGCAACGUCGGGCCAGAAAAGCCACCACCCCCUAUGUCUGGCUGGGCCUGAGGUACACCUGUAUACUGCAGGUCUGGUUCUGGGUGAGUGAACAGGCCCUGUGUCACCAGAACUGGGCCCCGGGCCACGGGACCAGCUGGGAGGAGUGUAAGAAGUCAGGUGCCAUGCCGAGGGAGGGGCCACAGCAGUGGGAGGGCAUGCACCAGACAGAGAAGCUCAACUUCAUCUGCACCAAGAAACCUCAUGAUUACUAGGAUUCAAACUACGUAUGUCCAGUUCAUCUUGUCAUAAUCACCUGCUUGAAACAAGAGACGGGAAUGCAAACAGCUAUUUGGUGUUUUUGCCAUUUUAACUUUUUACUAUUUCCUAAUUUGUCUGAUUUACACUUAAUUUCACAUGUUAAUGUUUAUGUUUUAAGGUUUUGGAUUGGGGAAUCGAUAUGUUAGUGAUUGUACGGUUAUAUUUAGGCACUUUCUUGUUUCUUUAUGGAGAAGUGAACAUUGAAAAUUGUAAUAUACUGAAUAUGUUUUGUACCUUUUUCAAAUUCUGUCAAUAAAUAUUCUGCGUGAAGUGA